GAUAGUUGUCUAUGUUGUCAGUUGUUUCGCUGCGUUAUGGGAGUUUGUGGACGUUGUGGGAAAGUAGGCAGGUUGAAGUAAAUAACGCAUAAUAACACGUUUAUAUCAGCUUGUGACUCCUACAAAAAGGAUUUGAACGUGUGGUUGAAUCCCAUCACACACUGAGCUGUCAUGGAGGGUUUGGAGGAGAAGCUGAAAGGUCUUUCCAUCGCUCGGCGGUCUCGCCCAGAGGAGCCCACUUACCUGCUGGACGUCGCCCUGCAGUCGACUGGCCUGCUCGCCGUCUCCUGCUCCGACUUCGCCGUCCACGUUCACGACAAGGACACGCUGGACCAACUCGGGGAGUGUCGGGGCCACGACAAACCGCUUUGUGGGGUCGUUUUCUCCCGCCGCUCCCCUGGCUUCCUCUACUCCGGCUCUGCGGACGGGACAGUGAAGGGCUGGGACGUCCGGUGCCCGGCGACAGAGCCGGCCCAGAUGUUCAAAAGCGACCCCUCGCACAGCUACUGCAGCUUCGACCUCAGCUGCAGCGACACGCUCCUGUGUGCCGGCACAGAGCAGGUGAACGACGAGGACAGCUUCCUGGUUUUCUGGGAUGUCAGAAAACCAGGCGCUGGGCUUCUUGGGGUGUAUUCUGAGUCACACAGUGACGACAUCACACAGGUGCGAUUCCAUCCUAGAGACAAGGACCGUCUGGCGUCCUGCUCCACAGACGGCCUUGUGAAUGUUUUUGACCUGAGCCGAGGGGCGGAAGAGGAGGCGCUGCUGGCAACCUGCAACAGCGACUCCUCUGCUGGGUCGGUUUGCUGGUCUGGCGCUGACUACACACAGCUGCUGUGCCUGAGCCACGACGAGGGGCUGCACCUCUGGGACCUUGGUCAGCUUGACACAGAGGAGCCUCUCACUAUUUUCAGCUCUUCCGACGCUCGCGGCCUGACUCCGCUCGCCGACAGAGGAGGCGUUGAUUACCUGGUGGGAGGGAGCUGGCUGGAAGACGCACAGAAGCUGCUGGUGGUCGGAGGGAAGAACAGCGGGGAUCUCCACCUGAUGGAGUGUGACAACAGGGGGCUCCAUCUGCUCAGGAGCCUAAAGGGCGGCCAUGCCUCCACCGUGCGGUGCUUCUUAUGGGACGCGGCGGAGGAGGCUCUGGUUACAGGAGGAGAGGACGCUCAGCUGUUGCUGUGGAAACCAGGAGGGGAGGACCUUGCGUCAGCGAAAAGGGAGUCAAAGAAGAGCGAAUCAGCUUUGAAACUAAAAUCCAGGCCGCAUAAAAAACACGGCUACCAGAGAGAGAAAAAGGAGGCAAGACAAGACAAUGAAUGAAGUGUUGAAACACUGAGUCUUACGAACUCGACUGUGGAGGCUUCUCACUACUCUGCCAACAGAAAAAUCUGUUUCAAAGUCAAUAUUUUGUCUAAAUAUUUCUACAUAUCGCACACAUCUCCACAGGAUUAACAUCCCUUUAGGCCAGAAAAGACUCCGACAACACUCAGUCAGUCACAAUGUGUUUACAACAGCUGACUUUUUAAUCUUUUUGCUUUUGUGGAAGCCUUAACCCUAACAAGUUCCUGAAUGCUAAUUUGGAUUGUUCCCAUAGAAAUAGAGAUACGCUGAGUUUUGAAAUGUCCAAACUAUUAUUCUUAGUGUGUUUUAUUACUAACCUAAUUUAAUAGAAUGUACUUUACAUGAAUUAACUUCUUUGCAAUUAUUAUUAUAUAUAUAUUAUAUAUAUAUUAUAUAUAUUAUAAUUAUUCAACUCUGAGCUUGGAUGUAUUUAAAUAGUUUGUUUUGAAGUUUGAAGUGUUUUAGUUUAUUAUUGUGUCAUACAUACACAAUACACAUACAUAGUUGUUUGUGGUCCCUCCUUCUGAAGUGUCACUGGAACAUAACUUACAAACUGCACAUCGCCGAUCUUUCUCAGAGACGGAAUAACACUCCCACGCUUCUUUCUUGUUCGACCAUCAAAACAAAUCAGAGUUUGUUCAACAGGUGACUUCUUCUGCCCAAUAAUAAAACUCUGAAUCAGCAGUUUGGUAAACUAGCUCGCCUGCUUUGAUACAAUUGAUGUGAUACAACAGAUGCACUAUGACUUCUGGCAUCAGCCACAUUGAUUGCAGACGGGCCCGAUAUCAACCAAUACCAGUGUUCAGCUGACACAUGGAUGCCUUCCCACUCACUCAGUACAUGAUCAAGCUUUUAGACUACAAACUGGAGCAUUGAUCUUAAUAACUGUUUACAGUCAGUGAUCACAUCGAACAGAUUUUAUUGCUCGUAUAUCAGAAACAUGACUUGAAAACGUUUUACUUGAAUGGGAAGGAAACAAAUCUGUUCCAGCCUGUUUCGACCUUCACACUCAUGCCUGGUAAUUAUAAAUGAUCUUAUCUGUAGUGUGUCCCGUAAAUGAUUGGAUCUAAAUGAAUGCUUUAGUGGGAGGAGUCUUAAAAAAGCAUUAGGGGAUGUUACUUAAUGACAGGAGAUCGGUAUAGGAUACACUUCGGAAGCCCAAUUUCAGAUGUGAAGUAGUCCAGAUUCAUUAAAGAAAUCCAGAUACAGAUUAAAUGAUAGUAUUUGGAAAUUAGUUCUCAUGUACAGUAUAUUUAUUACCUACCUACAUACUAAUGAAUGUUCUUGCUGGAAGAGGGACAGAGCUGAUGGAUACUUAAAGACUCAAAUGAAUCUCUUAAAUUUGUGGGAUUUUACGCGAGACAAAGAAACAAAAGCACGACUCUAGGAUUCUUCAGGAAGAUCUAUAAAAUCAAAGUCAUGACAUAAAAAAACCUUAAUUUCCCUCACUGUACGGUUGUAUUCUCAUUGGCCACUGGAGGAGCAAGUCAAUAAAUGACCAUUUACCUCA